AACUGGCAGAGUUUCAGGCCAGCUUAACGAUACAAAAUCAUGUCAUGAACUAAUUUUAUUGAGUAGCUUGUGCAACGAAGACAAACCUGUGAUCCAGCAAUUCUGCUUUGCAAAGGCUAUGGGAGAAGAGAGGUACUGUUUAGUCUGAUCAAAUGGCUGUUGGCACACUUAUUCUGCAAACAUGGGAAGUCGAGAGACACUGUGAGAGCCGGACUGUCUUGACUGAGCAAUCCAUUGAUUUAUUUUGAGUUCUAUUUUCAAGGUGAUUAUUAGCGCAGCCGCACUGAGCCUGGGCUCCCUUUGGAGCAUGUGAAAUUUAUUGAAUUGGUGCUGUGGUUAACAUGGGAAGAGUUGUGUGAAAGGAAGACUGGGAGGCAGGAGUACGUGGAUUAUACAAACUACAUGCACUGAAUGUAACUCUCAUGGCCAUGGCAGCCGUGGAAAACCAGAAAAUCUCUGAAGCAGAAAUGAAAAGCUACUUCCUGCUGUGUGAAACCUGUUUAUCGCUGGAGUCCACAAUAAAAAAUGAGAUUGCACCAGAAGCUCUGAACUCCAUUUGUGCAGAAAACAUCAGUGAACAAUUGAAGGAUCAGUUUGCCUAUCGCUCAGGUGGUCAAGGAAAAGAGGGUGCCGUGAUCAUAACUUUCCCUGAAUAUCCCAACUUUGUUGAUAUAUCUGAAGAAGUGGUGCAGAAGAUUGUAACCUAUCUGACCACCAUUCCAAGUCUACAUCAACCUGAAAUAAAGUUCAUUUUCAUCCUAGACAGAAGACAGGAUACUUGGGGAUCUGUUAAAACAUCACUUGCCCAUAUAGCGGCCUCAUGUCCAGAAAACCUGCAGUUGGUUCUUGUUCUCCGGCCUUCAGGAUUCUUUCAGCGUGCCAUAUCCGACAUCAGCUUCAGAUUUAGUCAGGAUGAUUUUAUACUGAAACUACCAGUUGUUAUGCUGAGUUCUGUCACCGAAUUACUUAAAUAUAUUGAUGAUACACAUUUAACCCAGGAAUUUGGGGGAACACUUGAGUACUGCCAUAAUGAAUGGAUCCUAUUCCGUACUGCCAUAGAGAGCUUUGCUGUAAUGGUAAAGGAGAUUGCCCAGAUGCUCCAAGCUUUUGGUACAGACCUGGCUGAGGCUGAGUUGCCUGAUGAUUUACAUUCUGUAGAGGAUCUACUUAUUACCCGAACCGAAAAAUACAAUCAGCUCAAGGAAGAUGUUCGAAGAGUGAUAAAAGAAGGAGACUUGCUUUUAACCAACCUCAUGGAGCCACUCAGUAAUGAGCCUCAUACCCAAGAUGCGGUUGAAAAAAAUGGUGAUCGGGCCACUGUGAAGAGACUUCUUGCACAGUUGCAUGAGAUGGAGACUGCUUUUGAUGGCUUUUGGGAAAAGCAUCUGCUUAAACUUGAACAGUGUCUACAGCUUUGGAGAUUUGAACAAGCUUUCCAAGAGGUAAAGAUGUUUGUGGAUUGUUUAGCAGCAGAGGAAGGAGACAUACCAGAAAUUGGGGAUAAUGUUGCUCAUACAGAACAAGCUCUUCGUGAAUUAAGUAACUUGGAUGAGAGAUCUCAGGAACUGGUGGAAAAUGCUCAACAUCUGGUUUUACAAGGUGAUCACCUGAUAUCAAAUCACCACUACGCGAUGGAUUUAAUCUGGGAAAAGUGCAAUGAGUUACACCAUAGCUGUGAAGACCUGCAUGAUGAAAUGAGGAGGAAAUACAUCACGCUUAACAGAUCCCUGGAACUGCACACACGGUUGCAGCAGGCACUGGACUGGUGUGACGAAGGUGCCUAUCUCCUCGCUUCUCAGUCCAUGGACAAGUGUCAGUCUCAGGAAGGAGCUAAGAGGGCACUGCAGGAAAUUGAAAGAUUCCUGGAAAACUCUACAUAUUAUCUGCAGCGUGAUGCUGAAGCAUUGUACAUUGAGUUCCAGUCUAUUCUCACAUCUAAGCUUAAGGCUCAGAUAGAGGUGGUUCACGGGAAGCUUGAGAACGUCCAGGGAAUGCUUGAAAAACGUCAAAUCUGCCUUGAGAAACUGGCUGCCAAACAGGCUCGGCCAGUGCAACCUGUAGCUCCACGACCAGAUGCCUCGCCUUUACAGUUUAAGUCUCCUUUGUUCUCAUCAAAACAAGGUGUGGAUACCAACCCCAGUUCAAAGUUCCCUUUUGAUAUAUCGCUAUAUGGAAAGAAACAUGUCAGAAAAACCCAGAACACACGAAAGAUUGAGGUCAUGCAUGAAGCUUGUCAAAGAACUUGGUUCUCCUUAAGUGCUGAAGGCGAAGAUAACCUGGAUGUCUUAAAAGGGCAUGUCAUAAAUGAGCUAAUAGAGACUGAGCGAGUGUACGUGGAGGAGCUCCACACCAUUCUGCAGGGUUAUCGAGUGGAAAUGGACAACCCUAGCAUGUUACACCUUUUGCCUUCUGCAUUGCAGAACAAGAAAGAAAUUCUCUUUGGCAAUAUGUCUGAAAUCCAUGAUUUUCAUAGCAGAAUGUUUCUUCAUGAUCUUCAAAACUGCAUCGAAACACCAGAAAAAGUGGGUCUCUGCUUUCUUGCAAGGAAAGCAAAUUUUCAAAUGUACGUGAAGUAUUGUCAGAAUAAACCUCGUUCAGAAACCCUUUGGAGACAGUGUUCUGACUCUGUUUUCUUUCAGGAAUGUCAACGGAAACUGGACCACAAACUCGGACUGGACUCGUACUUACUAAAACCAAUUCAAAGGCUAACAAAAUAUCAACUCUUAUUGAAGGAACUGCUGAAAUUCAGUAACAAUGGUGAUGGAAUUCAAGAGCUGCAGGAAGCUCUGGAAGCCAUGUUGAACUUAUUAAAGUCUGUGAAUGACUCAAUGCACCAGAUUGCUAUAACCGGAUAUAAUGGUAACCUAGAAGACUUUGGCAAAGUUUUGAUGCAAGGUUCCUUUAACGUCUGGAUAAAUCAUAAGAAAGGUCCCACAAAAAUGAAAGAUCUUGCACGAUUCAAGCCUAUGCACCGUCAUCUUUUCCUCCAUGAAAGAGCGCUUUUGUUUUGUAAGAAGCGGGAAGAACAUGGAGAAGGUUAUGAUAAAGCACCUUCUUAUAGUUUCAAGCAUUACUUAAAAAUGAAUGCUGUUGGAAUAACUGAGAAUGUUAAAGGAGAUAUUAGAAAGUUUGAAGUUUGGUAUAGUGGACGGGAAGAAGUUUAUCUCAUCCAAGCUCCAACAGUAGAUGUUAAGUUGGCGUGGUUGAAUGAAAUAAGAAAAGUUCUCACAAAUCCAGAGAAACUCUUCAGAGAAGACAGUCCACUGCAUCAUCAGGUUUCAGAUCAGAUUUUGCAGUCCCCAGGAAAGCAAAAGAGGGCCUCUUUGAGUUCAGAGGAAAAUGACUCUGAUCUUACAAGUCCAGUGGUUUUAGAAAACAUCGUCUUUUCACCCAACCUUUCACCAAGAAAAGACUGGGCUGGAACAUCCCGUUUUACUGAAGCCUCUGAGGGAAAUGAUGACUUGUCCAGUAAUAACGAUACUGAAGAAGAGGACGUGAACCAGCUGUCCCCUGGCAAGUACAAAGCUUUGUCAGACUGUAAAAAAAGAGAUUCUGAAGAACUGUUAAUAAAAAGUGGGGACCUGGUGCAGUUGGUGAAUGACGAUGGCGAGGGGCAAUGGUUUGUGAAAAACCUGAAUCGAGGACAGCAAGCCUGGAUUUCGGUCCACAAUUUACAGAUUAUUGUUGGUGACUGUAAAUCUCAAGACCCUGGUUCUUUGGGUAAGGAGAGAGAGAGAAAGAGAGAAAAAAAGAGACAGCUGUUGUCUUACAAUUCUGUACUUUGACCUUGGACUGAAAUUUCACAUUUGCAAUAGCACUUCAUUUUUGAAAGCAAACUGAUGCCGACGCAGGAAAGUAAAAUGUCGAGAUUGUGUUUAAAAGAUAUCAGAGCAGAUAUGUCUACAAACAGGAAACAACACUUUUUGUACCAGA